CAGUAUAGAAUAUAAUUUAAUCAAAGUCACAUAAGAAUUAUAGUGCUCAUAUAAAAUGGAAGUGGAUCCACCCAAAGAAUUUUUAAAGCCAUUAGAAGUCCCCUACAAAAUAUUAAUGGGGCCUGGACCAAGUAAUUGUUCACAACGAGUUUUACAAUCUCUAGGACAUCAAAUAAUAGGUCAUCUUUAUCCGGAAAUGUUUAAGUUAAUGGAUGACAUCAAAGCAGGAAUUCAAUAUGCAUUUCAAACAAAAAAUAAAUUGACUUUGGCAUUGAGUACAGCAGCACACGGUGGUAUGGAAGCAUGUUUGGGAAAUUUAAUUGAGUCAGGAGAAACAGUGUUGAUUGCUAAAUGUGGAAUUUGGGGUAAACGUGCUGGCAAUAUGGCGAAUCGUAUUGGUGCACAUGUUGAAUUUCUAAAGACUGAACAUGGAGUUGGUUUCGAUCUCGAUCUUUUAGAAUCUUUUUUGAAAAGAUUCAAACCUGCUGCAGUUUUUGUAGUACAUGCUGAAUCUUCAACUGGCAUGAAACAACCAUUGGAAGGCGUUGGAAAUCUCGUUCAUCGAUAUAAUUCACUCCUUAUUGUCGAUUGUGUAGCGUCGUUAGGCGGUGAGCCGUUUUUUGCAGACGCUUGGGAGAUUGAUGCUGUUUAUUCAUGUAGUCAAAAAGUUCUUGGAGCUCCGCCGGGUAUAACACCAAUUUCAUUCAGCCCUUUAGCAGUAAAAAAGAUUUUCGGCAGGCGUACGAAAAUUUCAACAUAUUAUUGGGAUAUGACCAUUUUAGGUGAUUACUGGAACUGUUUUGGUAAUUCAAGGAUUUAUCAUCAUACGAUGAGUGCUACAUUGGUUUAUGGAUUACGCGAAGCUUUGGCAGAGUUAAUAGAGGAAGGCCUUGUUUCUCGUUGGUCUAGACACAAAUUAGUAGCUGCUAAAUUACGAGAAGAACUUUCGAAACGAGGAUUUCGAUUUUACGUUAAAGAUCCGAAAUUUCAAUUGUCUACGAUUGUGUCUAUUGAAAUACCACUUGGAAUAGAUAUUCAAAUUUUAUCAGCCAGAGCUAUGGAAAGAUAUGGGAUUGAAAUAAGUGGUGGACUUGGCCCAACUGUUGGCAAAAUUAUACGAAUUGGCUUGAUGGGAAAUAAUUCUACGUACCAUCACGUUGAUCUUCUACUUGAUGCUUUAGACGAUUCACUCAAAUUUGCCAUAAAAUCGAAAAUAUAAGUGUAUGUAUGUAUGUAUGUUCGCGUCUAUGUUUUAUGCAAGUUUAGCCAUGACAGGUUGAAAAUAUUAGGCUGAUGAAAAGUUAAGGUCGUGUAAUACAUUAUUGUAAAGACUACAAUUGGCACUAGUGAUUUUUGCUUAUAUUAUUGUUUUCUUAUAUUUUUAUUGAUAAUAUAUAUUCUUUUGUAUAUUAUUUUUUAGUGUUAUGAAAUGUCGAAUUUGACAUCUUAAAUUAAUCAUGAAAAAAAGCAAAUUCGCAUAAUUGUGCAAAGUACUAAAGACUGCUCAAAAUAUAAAUGAUCGAUAAUAAGGGAUACUAUUAAAGUGAACCCAUAAACAAUUUGAUAAGUUGCAAAAAAAAUUAAAUGGUAAUCAUUCAAUAUUUAAAUUAUGUAAGUAUUUUAAUUUGAUACUUUUCAAAAUUCUAUUGUUAUUUUUGUAUCAACCAAAUAAUUCGUAACAUUUAAGUUUGGAGUGCAAACAAACUGCACAGAAAUUUGUCGUGCAGACGAAAAAAGAACUGGAGUAAAUUUAUUUUAUUAAUGAAAAUACUGCAAUCGGCAUACAUUUUCUUUCGCUAUUAAGCUUCAUUGUAUUAAUUAGCAAUGUCAAUAGUUAGGUACAUUAUUUCACUUUCGGUGUAACAAGAAAGAUAAUAUCUUGAAUGUAAUACAUACAUAAUGACAAUUACAAUGGGAGUUAGAGAUAAUGGCAAUAAAUGUAAAUGAUAAUAUUUUUUAAUUAAUAAAUCAUACUUAAUAGUUUUGGCACAGUAUAGUUCUAUUCUUUAACGAAAUUUAAUUCAAAUAAAUUUACGCGUUGGAUUUAAAUUAACUAUAAUAAAAGUUCAAAAAAACAUAGAGUCAGAGUAAACUAAGCGGCAAGAUGAAGUAAUGAUUAUUAAAUAAGAUCACUGAGAUUUUCUUUUGAUUCAUAGAAACAAUCAAUAUUUUAUAAUUGAUUCUAAUCAAAAGAUUGAAAUAGUAACGUUGACAUCUAAUUGAUUCGAACAAUAAAAACAUUGCCAUCUAAUUUAACUCAAAAAUUGUAAAGCUUAUCUAUAAAAAAAAAAAAAAAAAAAA